AAACCAGGUCCGUGGCCGCUCUCUCAGUUUUUUCUCUGCUGGAAGCCGUACAAAGUGUUUACGUUUUUUUUUAUUCAUUGGGGGGUGUCACGUAAUUAAUGAAGAAACAAUAUCUUUCUCUCUCUCCUCAUUUUUCCUUUCUCUCCGCGGUGUUUUUUUUCCGUGCGCGUAUUCGGAAUUAAAUUUCGCAAAAAACGUUCGCAAAGCGUGAAAUUGACGUUGAAUCUCGUCUGCUGGAACGAGGGUCAGUGCGCACGCGUUGAAUUUUGUUGUGCAAUCGGCGAACACUGGCCCCGGCACUAGCCGCGUGCGUGACGAUAAUUUGUCGCACGAUCCGGGGAAACGCUGUUCUCUCUCUCUCUCUCGGGAGAGAAGAUAUAUCUCGCAGAAGUUCGUACCCCCCGCAAUUUCUUUGUAAUAACGAUAAGUCGGAACGAAACGCGUAUAUUGCACAGUUGACGUGCGUAAAUAAAUAAAUUAGAUAUCGGUUGAGAGAACAAGACGGAUCGAGAGAAAGGGACGAAACAUGGCGAGAGCUUUUUGACGAUGACUGGACGUACGUAAGGACCCGCGCUGGAGGUACACGCGCCAGUCAUUGUCUUCGAUUGUUCCGAUUGUCAAGAUCGGCCGUGCUCGCGGUGACGUCGCGAAACGCAUCGUCAAUCGGCACCUCGAUCAAGAAGGUUUUCGACGACGAAGUUGUCGUCUCUACGCGAGGAGACGAACCUCGAACAAAAAUUUGAUGAAAACCAACUGAUGCGCGUCUCGGGGGAAACUUCGGGGAAGAGGACAAAAAUAUCUCGCACAAGAUACUCGAUCAGUUCCGAAAAGGAUGAUGAUUAAGCGCUUACUUGUGUAAUCGCUGCUAGCUGUGUGUUCUGUAGUUUUUUUUUUUUUUUUAAAUAAAUUCGCGUAAAGAGUAAGUAUGCGCGUGAUUUAACUUUGCGAGUUGCGUUUAAUCUCGUGACGACGAGAUAUUUUGAAAUGUAAUAUUUAUUUUUGUGUUUGUGGUAGUUUAUAUAUAAAAAAAGUCUGUAGAGAACAAUUAUACACGUAUAUAACAUUUAUAUUUUUAAAAUGCAUGAGCUUUCAUGAAAUUCAACUAGCACACACUGCUACACGCAAACACACAUUUCAGAGAGACGGAGAAUAGAAUUGAGUCCUUUGGACAGUGAUCAUGAGCCAAAAUGUAUAGUUUCGAAGGAGAUUACAGACGCAGGCCACAGCAGAAUCUGUCUGGUGCCAGCAGACGGGACGAAAAAGCUGUUUUGUUGCAACACGCGCAGCUGGAGAGGCUGAAGAGAGAACAGCAACGCAAAAAGCACAAUGCCGCGUUGAAGUUGCAGGCGUGUGUACGCUCAUUUCUCACAAGAAAGCUAGUUUACACGCAAAAGAGAGAGGAGUUCGAUGAGGCCCAGCAAGCGGCCAAUAGAAAUCUGAAUCUAGAUGAACUUUUGUCAUAUCUGCAAAAGUUAUUGUUUUUUUAUAAUCAUUCAGUGGAUAGCAAAAGACUAAUAUGGGUGCUACAGCAUUUUCUGAAACAUCAGAAGGAGAUUAAAUUCAUGUCAAUCAAUUCCUCACAAUGGUUGUGGAGAUUACGGUGGAUUCUUCGCAUGUGUAUGCGAUACGGCAACACGGAAUCCGGUGGCGCGUGUAACUUGGCCAUACCGUUACGUGUACUGGAUGUGUUCACCUCGUGGGAGAAAACGGAGCAGGGGUUGCGCGAGAACAACUAUCGACACUUGGAGAGUAUAUUCGACUACCUGAUCCGGCACAGCUACUUCGAACAGCUUAGAAAGUUGCUUGAUAAGAAAGUUCCACCAAUGGUGGAGGCAACGCCGAUUCCGCCUACAGAGAUCUCGAAAUGUCUGCUCGACAUGAUCAAACGGCCGUUAGAUUUGAUUCCUUACCAAAUUUCCUAUCAAAGAAAUGUAGAUCAAAAGGAAAGUUUUUCGCAACUCGUGUUGCGCGAGUUGUGCAGGAGCAUGUUCUCGCCUAGACUGACGGACUCGAUACGCAUGUUCGUUGUGCCGGCUUUGGCGGAAUUUAGAAACUUUCCGUACGUCCAGCUGAUCGCCUGCAUCAAUCGACUUCAGCUGGAGUCUACGCUAAAUUUGACGUACUGCGUUCUAUCGUUGGACUCGUCCAAUCAUUUCUCACUAUGUGAAUCUGAGGACGCGUUGGUAAACUACCUGCAAGUGCUCGCGUCCCUGAGCUCGACUAUUGUGCCACUGAUGGCGCAGCAAAGUAUCACGGAACAACAGCAGAAUGACAGCGACUCGGACAACGAAUCCAACGGCAGUGUGACCGAUCAGGAACAAGCCGACAUUCUGCAGCACUGCAUAGAGAUGCUGAACGAGCAGCAGCGUGUGAACAGACUGCUCUUGGCGGUUGAGCAGAGUCGAGUGGACUCUUCCGCGGUAUUGCAACCGCUUUGUCGCCUGUGCCAUCAUCUGCUCAUAACGAACAAGCUGGCUGUGCACAAGUACAAACUGCUCUACAUGCUUGCUUUCAAACCGGUGUUUCUCAAACAUCUGUGGACAAAUCUGGUGGCAAUUCGUCAGGUGUCGCUUUUCGGCGGCAACGCCGCUCCGUCGCUGUUGAAAAUCAUAUCUCGAGGACUUGCCCUAUCGACGGAGGACGCCAACAGAAUAGUACCUCUAUUAGCAGUGUUCUGCUCGCUGUUCAGUUUGCUGAUCGCCACGCUGCACGACACCGAAUUCUUCCUCGAGCAUACGGAACAGACGCCCGACAACCAGCAUCAGCAACAGCACGCUAUGCCGUUUACCAUCGCGGAACUGGCGGAUCUGUCAGGUCAACUGAAGAGCGUUUGCCUGGGUCUGGUAGAGCUCGCAUUUCCCGACACGCGGCCAACCGUGCGCGACGAUUACAAGACUGCCGUUCUGGGCUCAACUUCUUCCACUCAGUUUCGACACGAUACGCAGAUCUGGACGCACUUAUUCAAGGUCACGGUAGGUCUUUUGCGUCAGCUACACACGCGUGAUCUCAGGCGACAGUUCUGCCCGGAAGGCCAUUGGAUCGCGACCAAUGUCGUCAUUCCUAUUGACAAGCCACAGGACUUCGCGUUUCGACGGCGCAGACUGCGCGGGUACGUGCCCUUUCAGAACCUGCGAGCGUUUACAAGAGAGGAAUUCGAGGAAGGACCGCCGCUCUCGGCAACGGAAGUGCGAACACUUACGUUGCUGCGCGAAAUACCGUUUGUCGUGCCGUUCAACAAUCGCGUAAUGGUGUUCCAGUCGUUGAUCUACAAAGACAAAGCGGAGCAGCAAGGUGAACUUACGCAUUUUAUGCAGGGCCCGUCAAUACAGAUUUCCGUUAGGCGAAACUACCUCUACGAAGACGCUUUCGACAAACUUUCGCCGGAAAACGAACCGGAACUGCGACUGAAGAUGCGCGUGCAGCUGGUGAACACUGUAGGACUGGAGGAAGCUGGCGUGGACGGCGGUGGUCUGUUUCGGGAAUUUCUGUCCGAGCUGUUAAAAACCAGUUUUGAUCCCAAUCGCGGUUUCUUCAAGCUCACCAAGGACAACAUGCUGUAUCCGAAUCCUUCGGUGCACCUGCUGGUCGACGACUUUCCGAAGCAUUACUAUUUCAUCGGUAGAAUUCUAGGAAAAGCACUUUAUGAAAAUUUAUUGGUCGAGCUGCCGUUCGCCGAGUUCUUUCUGUCGAAGAUCGUUGGCCGCCAAUCCGACGUGGACGUGCAUCACUUGGCCUCUCUCGAUCCCAUUAUGUACCGCAAUCUGCUGUACCUGAAGAGCUACAAGGGCGACGUGGCGGAUCUCGGACUGGACUUCACCGUGCUCAGUGACGAGCUUGGCGAGAGGCGGAUCGACGAGUUGAAACCGAGCGGCGCCAAUAUUCCCGUGACGAAUCACAAUCGCAUCGAAUAUAUUCACCUGAUGGCCGACUAUAAGCUGAACAAGCAGAUCCGCGCACAAUGCUACGCGUUCAAGCAGGGUAUUAGCAGUGUGGUUCCGCUCGAUUGGCUGCAGAUGUUCAACAACAAGGAGUUGCAAGUGCUGAUAUCGGGCGCGCAGAUUCCCGUGGACGUGAACGAUUUGAAAUUGCACACCAACUACACCGGCGGAUACGCGCCCGAUCAUCCAACUAUUACUGCCUUCUGGAAAGUCGUCAAUGAGUUCAACGAUCAACAGAAGAGCCAGCUGCUCAAAUUCGUCACGAGUUGCAGUCGCCCGCCUCUCUUGGGAUUUAAGGAACUAGAUCCGCCUUUUUGUAUUCAACAUGCCGGCAGUGUGGAUCGUUUGCCAACUUCCAGUACCUGCAUGAACCUGUUAAAACUUCCCGAGUUUCCGGACGAGAAGAUUCUUCGCGAGAAACUUUUGUACGCAAUACAGGCUGGCGCGGGCUUUGAACUUAGUUAAAAAAAAAGAAAAAAAAUACUUUUUUGAUUUAAAUUUCUGACCGACUCCAGUCUGACUUCUCAUGUAGAUAUCAUGUAAUAUAAGUGUGUUUUGUGGCGUAUAUUGCAAAAAAAAAAAAAAAAAAAAAAACUGAGGGGAUAUUCAAUAAAGAUUUUAUUUACUACAUUCUGCGUGGAAAAAGCUCAAUAUGGGAUUACUGAAAAAGAAAAAAACACGGUGCAAAACAAUGUUAAUAUUAACAGGAGGGGCCAAUUAAAUCAGCUACAUCAGCACCAACUGAUAUCAGUGCCGAUACACAACAAAGCUGUUUAUUAAAAAAAGAAAAGAUGGAAUGUUUAUAAAAUAAUAUCGUGUACGAGUGUGUAUUGUCUGUAUGUGAGUACUCGUGUGUCUGCCUGUCUAUGUCUAGAUAUUUUCUCAGUUCUGACUUUUCCUACCACUUUUGGCCUACAACUUGUACAUUAUGUAUAUUUAUAUUGUUUUAUAUUUACUAUGUGAUGUGUCUAUUUCCAAUAUAUAUAUACAUAUAUAUAUAUAUAUAUAUAUAUGACAGAAUAGAUGUAUGUAUUUAUGAAAGAUAUUGUUAAGUCUGUGUAAAUAAAUCGUCUCAAAACGUUA